UGCACGAUCUUUCAUCCCUGGUCGUGACUUACACUCCAUUUUGUUUUCUCACGACGCUCACGUUGCAGAACAUUUUUUCAGUACAAAAAUUUGCAAUUUUGUACCAAUUAAUCGAGCGUUUUAGUAAAUUAAAGUGUUUUAAAAUAAACUUGAAGCUAUGGGACGCAAGAAGAAGAAGGCCUCAAAGCCCUGGUGCUGGUACUGCAACCGUGAGUUCGACGAUGAGAAGAUCCUUGUGCAGCACCAGAAGGCGAAGCACUUCAAGUGCCACAUCUGCCACAAGAAGUUGUACACCGGCCCGGGACUGUCCAUUCACUGUAUGCAGGUCCACAAGGAGACUGUUGACAAGGUACCCAACUCCCUGCCAAACCGCUCAAACAUUGAGAUCGAGAUCUUUGGAAUGGAUGGCAUCCCCGCGGAGGACCUCAGGGAUCACGAGAAGCAGAAGAACGGCGGCAAGUCCGAUUCGGAUGACGAUGAGCCGGUGGCCAAGAAGAAAGUCGACUACACGAUGAACGUGCCGCCCCCCAUGAUGAUGCCGCCUAAUUUGAUGCCACCGCAUAUGCUGGGACAGUACGGCAUGGGAAUGAUGCCGCAUAUGCCGCCACUGCCUCCGUAUCCGGUGCCAAUGAUGCCGCAUAUGAUGCCGCCACGACCACUUUUUCCGGCCGCCAUGGCCACCACCUCAGCAGCGGCGGCAGCAGCGGCAGCGCAUCACCACCACGCCGCGGCCAUGGCCCAGCAGAAGCCUACAUUUCCAGCUUACAGUAAUGCAACCAUAAGUGCUCCGCCCACCACCAACCAUGCUGGUGGCGUACCUGGCGCACCACCAAGUGGCCCGCCAGAUGCCCAGCAACCACCGCAACAGGGUCGUCCUCCAGUUCCGCCAGGCGGAGCACCCGGUGCUCCAGCGGCCGCUGUAACGACAAAAAUUAUGCACCCGACAGAUGAUGCGAGUCUGGAAGAGCUGCGCGCCCGGCAACCCAAAUAUCAGCUGCGCUUAGCGGCUGCCGUCUCUGCCAUCGCGAAUUCCCAGAAGAGCAAGAGCCCGAGCAAUAACGGUGGCUCCUCAGCAUCCAUGCCUGCGACUCCACCGCCACCAUCGUUAGCGGGGAUCUCACCGACGGGCAGCAGCAACAGCAGCGGUAUGGCGUCCGCAAACGCGAUUGCCGUGUCUACAGCCAUUUCGAAGGCCCAGGAAACCGCCGCUCUAGUGGCCGUGGCUCAGGCUCAGGUGGCACAGGCCCAGGCGCAUGCCCACGCCCACGCGCAAGCUCAGGCCCAGGCCCAGGCCGUGGUCCAGGCGCAGGUGCAGGCGGCUCAUGUGGCCCAGGCUGUGGCAGCCCAGCAACAGGCGGCGCAGCAUCAACAGGCCCAGGCAGUGCAUCAGCAGCAGGCGCAGGCAGUGCAGCAACAUCAGCAGCAGCAACAGGCAGCGCAACAAGCGGCACAGCAUCAGCAGGCGAAGCAACUGGAGGAACUGAACCGGGCGGUGAUGAUCCAGCGUUUUCAGGCCGUUCGCCAGCCGGCAAAUCCUGGCGCUGCGGCAGCGGCUGCAGCUGCCGCAGCCGUCGGCAUGAUGCCGAUGCAGCCCAUGCAACUGAUGCAGCCGAUGCUGAGACCCGCAGUCGCCAUCGGACCCCAUGGAGCGCUUAUUGGAGGGAACAUGCUGAGGGCAGCCGCUGCCCCUGGACUGCCCGGCGUUCCGGCAGGUUUACUGCCAAUGCAAGCAAUAGGUCUGCCAGGGCUACCUGGCACUCUACCCGCUGGAGCCAUGCCCAUGCACGGAAUGGGAGUAAUGCUGCCGGGUCAUCCGAACAUGCUGCAGAUGAUGCAGCCACGAUUCAGAUGAUGUUUGCCGGCAGCGCCGGGCUUGUUGCAAACGCCACCGGUUUCAGCCGCAGUGGCAGCUGCAGCAGCAGCGGCAGCAGCAGCAGCAGUCCAGCCAGCCACUCACCUGCAAC